AUGAUUAGAAAAGGAUUCGUUUGGUAUUCUUUUCAGAGAGGGUCACUGUUCCAUACGUGCUCUCAUUUAAAUUUCUCAAAAAAGCAAAGUCGCCAAGAAGUUUUAUUCACCAAAGAACAAAUGAACGAGCUGGGGUCCUUUCUUGAGCAAAAUUGGAAGCCGACAAAAGACCAAGUGGAAAUCAAGUUUGCUCGUAGCAGUGGCCCUGGUGGACAAAACGUAAACAAACUCAAUACCAAAGUUAUGGUCUCAUUGCCUUUGGAGAAUUUGCGUUCUAGUGUCCCAUCAUUUCUACUCAAACACAUUUACUCAUGCCAAGAGCUUCGAAGAUUUCGUGUGAACAAUCACCUACAGAUUCAAUCUCAGACAACACGAACACAAGCCAAAAAUAUUGAAGAUGCACUAACUCGGCUUGCAAAUUUGCUUCAAGAUGUAGCAAGGUCGCUUUAUGCCGCUCCUCCAUCGCCUGAAAAGAUAAAACGGGUCUCGGCCCUCAAAGAAAAUGCAAAUAGUAAACGCCUUGACGAGAAAAAGAUGAAGAGUUAUAAGAAAUCUUCCCGUCGAGUUUCUAUAGACUAA